AUGGUGUUGAAAGAACUCCAUUGGUUUCAAAGCUACAACUACGCUGCUGUUGUUCCCCAUAGCCCCGGAGGAGGAGGCCUCUUCCUUGCCUGGAAAAAAGACAUCGAUCUCAUGGUUAAACAUGCAACAAACAAUUACAUUGAUACGAGGAUACUGUUUAAAAGCAUCAGUUUCCACGCAACCUUUGUGUACGGGGAGCCAGAGGUUUCAAAAAGAUUACAAGUUUGGAAUGAGAUAUCUAAUCUACACUCAACAAAUGGAGGGCCAUGGUUUCUUACUGGAGAUUUCAGUGAAAUUAUUGACAACAGUGAGAAGAGCGGAGGCCCAGAUAGAGCAGAAGGAACCUUCGGAGCCUUUAGAUCCUUUCUUUCUCAAAACGAUCUUUUUGACCUCAAACACUCAGGCAGCUAUCUAUCUUGGAGGGGAAAGAGACAUACGCACCUAGUCUUGUGCAGACUGGAUAGAGCUCUAAGCAACAGUGAUUGGGCUGAUUUAUUCCCAGCGUGUAGAAGUCAAUACCUCAAGUACGAAGGGUCUGAUCACAGACCUCUCCUCUCGCUCCUGGAUACAUCAAAAAAGAAAGGUGUAAAGAUUUUUAGAUUCGACAGACGACUAAAUGAUAACAUGGAAAUAAAGAAACUGGUAUCUUCAGUCUGGACGAGAAAUGAAAACUUAUCAGUUGAGGCUCGACUUUCUUUAUGUCGUCAGGCCAUUUGCAAAUGGUGCAGAGAGUUCUACGAGAACAACCAGAAGGGCCUGGAGGACAUACGUAACAAACUUGAUGUCGCUCUGUCUGAUCUACAACCAGAUGAAGUUUUGAUUCAGAAGCUCAACUCAGACCUUCUCCAGCUCUACAAAGCAGAGGAAUAUUUCUGGAAACAAAGAAGCAGACAAUUAUUGUUAAGUCUGGGAGACUCAAACACGAGCUAUUUCCAUGCUAUCUCAAAAGAUCUGUUCAAAUCAUCAGAGUAUCUCGGGAAUCGGAUAGUUCAUGGGGCUAUACAACCUUGCAUAACAUCAGAGCAAAAUGAGAAACUGAUAGCUAUUCCACAAGAGAGAGAGAUCACCGAAGCCACAUUCUCGAUAAAUGGAGAAAAGGCGCCAGGACCAGAUGGCUUUUCAGCCAGUUUCUUUCACGCCAACUGGGAAGUAGUUGGUCCAGCAGUGAUCUUCGAGAUACAAGCCUUCUUCUCAAUAGGUUUCCUCGCACCAUCAAUAAACAAGACUCAUGUCAGGCUCAUUCCAAAGGUUCUGGGAGCUAAAACGGUGGAAGAGUACAGGCCAAUUGCCUUAUGCAACAUUUACUACAAGAUCAUCUCUAAACUAAUCUCUAUCAGAUUAAAGAAUGUUCUUGGAGUACUAGUAUCAGAAAAUCAAUCAGCAUUUGUUUCGGGAAGGGCAAUUGCAGACAAUGUACUUAUUACGCAUGAGGUACUACAGUUUCUAAAGACAUCAAAAGCGGAAAUAAGGUGUUCUAUGGCAGUUAAAACAGAUAUGUCAAAAGCCUAUGACAGGAUCGAAUGGCAGUUCAUCUCAGAUGUCCCAUACCGGUUUGGUUUCCAUGCAAUUUGGAUAAAUUGGAUCUUGCAAUGCAUCACUACAGUCUCCUACUCCUAUCUUAUAAAUGAGACAGUGUAUGGAAAUGUUUUACCUCUCCGAGGAAUCAGGCAAGGUGACCCACUGUCUCCUUAUGUGUUUAUCCUCUGCGGUGAAGUUCUCUCAGGGCUGUGUAGAGAGGCUGUGAGGAAAGGCCUACUUCAGGGUAUAAGAGUGGCACGAGGUUGUCCAAGAAUAAAUCAUCUGCUCUUCGCAGAUGAUACGAUGUUCUUCUGUCUUGCGUCUCAAUCAAAUUGCGAAGCACUCCAAGCAGUACUCACAGACUAUGGAAAAAGCUCUGGACAGAGGAUCAAUAAGAACAAGUCGUCUAUCACCUUCUCAAGUAAAACUCCCCAUGCAAUCAAAGAGAAUGCCAAAUCAGUAUUGGGAAUCACAAAGGAAGGGGGCUUAGGCAAGUACCUUGGCCUUCCAGAGCAUUUUGGGAGAAGAAAAAGAGAUUUAUUUACCUCUAUCGUGGAUAGAAUCCGACAGAAAACAGUAAGCUGGUCUGCAAGGAGGUUAUCAAAAGCCGGAAAGCUCACAAUGCUUAAGGCCAUCCUCAGCGCAAUACCUACGUAUUCCAUGUCGUGUUUUCAGCUACCGGUGAGCCUCUGCAAAAGAAUCCAGUCAGUACUGACCAGAUUCUGGUGGGAUGAGACGAAAGGCAAAAGGAAAAUAUGCUGGGUUGCUUGGGACCAACUAACGAAGCCUAAAGCUCUGGGGGGUUUGGGGCUCAGAGAUAUCCAAUGUUUCAAUCAAGCUCUAUUAGCAAAGCUAGCCUGGCGUAUUAUUACAGCACCAGAGAGUCUCUUUUCACGUAUUCUCAUGGGAAAAUAUUGCCACAACAAGAGUUUCCUAGAGAUAGCACCCUCGCAGAGCUGUUCCCAUGGAUGGAGGAGUAUACUCCAUGGGCGAGACCUUUUGAAAGAAAACCUAGGGACAUCUAUAGGAAAUGUACAAACGACCAAGAUUUGGAAGGAUUCUUGGAUCUCAUUGGAUAAGAUCCUAAAACCUAUGGGACCUAUCAAGGAAUCAGCCCUAGACCUAACGGUAGCAGAUCUACUAACUUCCGAACUCAAAUGGAACAAGCAGAGAAUCGAGGAGCUCUUACCAGACCUCACCGAGCAGAUACAAUGUUUAAAGCCAAGCUCAACGGGGGCGGAAGACUCCUUUAUCUGGCACCAGACAGCUUCGGGCAUUUACUCCACCAAAUCGGGUUACUUUGCUGCAACUUCUCACAACCAUCAUACACAGCUAACAAGAUCAGAAGGAGAAUUUAGCUGGAUCAGAGACAUUUGGGCAGGCAAAUUCUCACCUAAGAUGAAAACGUUCCUCUGGUCCAUUGUCCAUAAAGCUAUCUCUCUAGGCUCAAAUCUGCAAAGAAGAGGUAUGACAUCAGCAACGCCUUGUGUUAGAUGCCAAGAUACAGAGAAUGAGAUGCAUUGUUUCUUCAACUGCCAGUACGCGAAGAAUGUUUGGGAUCUUAUCCCCCUUAGCAAAGCAGUUCACCUGGCUGCGGGGAUGAUUUUCCCAGAGGUAGUAGUCAAAUUUAGGAGAGUUAUCUGUCUGCCUCCCUCAGGAAUCUCUUUUAACAUCCUCCCCUGGGUCUUAUGGGCCAUCUGGACGGCGAGAAACACCCUCAUCUUCGAAGGACGAUACCAAUCUCCUGAGGAAACAGCACUGAAAGGGAUUAAGUUAGCAAGAGAAUGGACCAAUUCGCAAAAUCAAUCCUCUGGAAAGAAGGACCUACCUCAGAGUCAGCAAUUCCAAUCGCGAGCACCACCACAGAUUAAUCUCGAUAACGACCAAGUGACAUGCAAGACAGACGCGGCGUGGCACAAGGAAAAGCUCGUAGCAGGACUAGGGUGGGUGUUCUCGGGUCCGAAACUCGAAUCUCCCAUCAAAGGAUCGAUGUGUGAAGCUUCGAUAGGCUCCCCUCUAGUUGCAGAGGCUUCUGCAGUCAGAUCAGCUAUGUGUAUGGCGAUCAAUUUGGAGUUCAGCUCUCUUGAGGUGCUCUCCGACAACUUAACGCUCAUCCGAGCAAUCUCCGGCAUCACUCAAGCUAAGGAAAUCAUCGGUAUUGUGAAAGACAUCCGAUCGAUUUCUACUGAGUUUGCAUCAAUCUCUUUUGCGCAUAUCUCUCGUUCUCUGAACGUGGAAGCGGAUAACCUCGCAAAAGAAUCUCUGCGUUUUUCAUAUCUUCUGUAUUGA